AUGGCGGGUGCGGGGGGUGUCACCCUGGCGUUUCGAUGGCUGGAGGACGUGGCGUCCCCGUUAUUCUUCACCCUGAUACUAGCGUGGAUGAUGUACACCGUCAUGCACACUGUAUUUACGUUCAAUAAUAGCGAGAUGACUAUAACGAGGAAAGCCGAAGAGAAGGGAGAAGGGGAGGGGGAGGACGAGGAGGUGGAAGAGGAGGAAUGGAAUCAGGUAGAGAUGCACGAGGCAGAAGACGACAAACCGAGCUCUCUCGGAAACGACAACGCCUUUGCCGCACACGGUGACACUAGCGAUGAUGAUAUUGUCGAAGUGCCUCCUGUCACUCCUCUCAUCUCCAAAGGAAACCUAGACCCGUCGCAAGGGGAAGCACCUGUUGCUCCAGUCCCGUUAAAAGACGCACUUAAUGACGCACUUAGUGACGCUUUACCCACUGUUGUGGAAGCUUCCGCCAUUUCUCCCCUUAGCACUUCCGCCUCAGCCAACCCCGUCACCACGACGGUUACAGCUGCCACCGACACUUCCGCAGAAGCUUCCGCCGCUUCAGCUCCGCCCGCUUCCACCGCGUCCGCCGCUUCCGUUCCGCCUCCCUCUUCCGCCCCUUCCGCUUCUUCCACCCCUUCCGCUGCUCCUGCUCUCUCCGCUCCUCGUGACGCGGACGGAGUCAGCGGGGGGGACGGCGAGAGCGACGACGACUGGGAGGGCAUAGAGGCGUCAGAGGCGGAGGAUCGAUUCUCGGCGGCGGCAGCUUUAGUGACGACUAUGGCGGCUACGGGUAAUUUGCGGAUUGGAGAGGGGCUGCAGCUGCUGCUGUAUGGGCUGUAUAAGCAAGCCAGCGACGGACCGUGCGACACGAAGCAGCCCGCUGUCUACAGCUUCAAGGCGCGGGCCAAAUGGGAUGCAUGGAAAAAGCUGGGGAGCAUGAGUCAGGACGAGGCGAUGGCGCAGUACGUGGGGCUGGUGGAGCAGAUUAUUCCCAACCCCAACGAGGGAUCCAAGGGCGGAGCAAGUGGAAUGGCAGCGGCGGACAGCAGUGGGUCUGGCUUCGGUCGCCUGCAUGCACUGGCUAGUGCUGAUGUGGAGGACACGGCAGCAGUGGAGGAGUGGGUAAAGCAGCACCCGGAGGCUCUGGAACAGAGAGGACCCCCGUCCCCCCACGCCGCCCAUUCUCUCCCCCCGGACCUCCCUCAUCCCCCCUCCACGUCAGCCGACGGGCUGGCAGCGCUGCAGAUGGCGUGGGGUGAUCCCUGUUUCCCUUCUUCCCCCUUCCCCCUUUCCCUUCCCCCUUUCCCUUCCCCCUUCCCCCUUUCCCUUCCCCCUUCCCCCUUUCCCUUCCCCCUUUCCCUUCCCCCUUUCCCUUCCCUCACCUCCGCGACCUCUUUUCCCCCCGCCCUCCUCACCCGGACACCCCCCCUGCACGUCAGCCGACGGGCUGGCAGCGCUGCAGAUGGCGCGGGGAGAGCUGGAGCCAUGUCCAACAUGCCAGCUGGCAACAUUUCCGGGUAUCUUCCCGAGGGGAUCAGCGCCCUGAAGAGCCUGCAGCAGAUAUCCCUGCCCAGCAACCAGCUCUUCAACUCCCUCCCCCUCUCCGUGUCUCUGCUCACCAACCUCACUUCCAUUGAGCUAUCCAAUAACAACAUAACGGGCUCCAUCCCGCCAACUUGGUUUCAGCUUAGGGAUCUCGAGAUUCUAGAUCUGUCUCGCAAUCGCCUCACCUCCUCUCUCCCAGACGCCUUCGACUCCCUCGCUCCUCUGCAGCUGCUCAAUCUCUCAUCCAACAGCUUCACAGGCUCCCUCCCACCAUCCAUCGGCAAUCUCAACUUUCUUGAGAAGCUGGACCUGCAUUCCAAUCCUUUCUCGGGGACUCUCCCAGCCGCUCUAGCUCAGCUCUCCUCGCUCACACUCCUCGACAUAUCAGCCACUGGUCUCCUCUGCCCGCUGGAAGGCACCUGCCCUUCUACUGUCCCCCUGUCUUCCCUCUACUGCGAAUUCUGCUCCUCCUUCUGCCGCUACUGCAAUGACCCCAUGAGUGGUCUGGGGGAAGAAGGGGAGUGCUUUGGUCUGGGGGAAAGCGGUUGCUCUAGUCUUUUUCCUCACAAGGCACCUGCCUCAGUCACACCGUCCCCAUGUCAUCUCUCUACCCACUCAUCUGCCCCUCCCUCCCUCUCUUUCCCACUCGUUUUUCCUCUCCCCUCCCUUUCCUUAUCACUUCCAAGCAUCGACCACACCCCCCUUGCGCCAACACCAGCACCAGCACCAUCCGCAGCCACACCCCCUUCCUUCCCUCCCUCUCUUCCCCACUCAUAA